AUGGCGAGUGACCCCUUAAAACGCAAUCAGAAUCUGUAUUGCACGUACCACCAGGAGCCAGGUCACACCACCGAUGAUUGCAGGAAUCUAAAAAACUAUUUGGAUCGUCUUGUCCGAGAAGGGAAGUUGAGGCAUUUGUUGCACCGCCCUGAAGGAUGGCAGGAACAGUCAAAUGUUGAAACCAGACAAGGCACAUUGAGGCCACCCAUUGGCACAAUAAAUGUCAUUCUUGCCGCACCUGGGAGAACCGGUUCCAGCCCUUUCAGAGUAAUGUCAGUGGGCAGGUUCCCGACGAAGCCAGAUGAAAGGGAAUCCAAGAGAGCCAGAGUGAGUGCCAUGCCAUUAAUUGGGUUCACGGUGGAGGACAAGCAAGGAACUAUUCAACCCCAUGAAGAUGCCCUAGUCGUGACGCUCAGAAUAGGAGGUUAUGAUGUGAAAAGGGUGUUAGUUAACCAAGGCAGCGCCGUGGAAGUAAUAUACCCGGAUUUGUAUAAGGGUCUGAACUUGAAGCAGGAAGACCUGUCGCCAUACGAUUCACCCCUGGUCAGUUUUGAAGGAAAAAUCGUCAUCCCGAAAGGCAUGAUUAGGCUGCCUGUGCAAACAGACUCAGAUGUAGUAGAAGUGAACUUCAUUGUCGUGGAUGCAUACUCCCCCUACACAGCUAUUGUGGCCCGCUCAUGGUUUCAUGCACUAGGGGCUGUGUCGUCAACCUUGCACCAAAAGGUGAAGUAUCCGUCAGGAGGUCAACUCAAAGAAAUAAUAGGGAACCAAGGAAUGGCCAAACAAUGCAUGGUGUCGGCAAUAUCACGACGACCAAAUAGCGAACCUUCCACUUCUGUUGAGAAUGGCUUAUAG